AUGCUGUAUCAUGAUCUGUGUAGUAUAAAAGUUGACAAAAUUGAGGGGAAGAUUAUUAACAAUGUGAUCCCGGGAUAUUCAGUAGCGGGUGUCGAAAAUGCUGUAGCAGAGCAAGACCGAGACAACUACCGUCCGUGCCCCUACUACGACCUCCUCUGCAUCCGUCGGUAUCUCUCCAAGCACUCCAACUGCAAGAUCGCGCUAGGCCCGGUCCCUGACCCCGUCUACCGGGACCAAAGCAACUUGUACUUUCCCACCUUCAAGAUGAGUGUGACCAUGAAUGGGUUGACGAUUGGCGGGUUGAAUGGGGUUAUUAGGGAGUUUUAUGCCAACCGCAAGGACGACCUGACCAUCUUGGCGGUGGAGUUCACCAACGUAACCGUGGUCUCCAACACCGCCGUGUUCCAGUACCAGAGACCAGGGAGGGAGCCUGUCGUCACCAACUCCAGCACUAAUGAGUUUUAUCCAUCGUUCAUAACAACGACAGUGUUUCGCGGCGUGCAGCACAUCGACCUGGCCAACAGCGAGACCACCGCGUUCCUCAACACGCAGCCCGCCAUCAGGAUUGACCCGAGUGCGGGAGUCGCUUCUGAUCCCGCAAUAGCAGCCAGGUAUGCCGUGUUCCUAGCCAGCAUCGGUGUAGUGGCGGCUGAAACUUUCAUGACCACGAGCGUAUACUACGCAGCCACUUAUAUUCAAUACGAUGUGUGCGACUUCGGACUAAGAGUGAAUUAA